AGCAGUUACUCGCCAGACUGUCUUUUGUGUGGAAGGGUGUGUCGGCUAAUUAUUGAGUUAAAAUUUUUCAUUUUUUUUUAUCGACUUAGUUAUUGUCCCCCUUUGUUUGCGUGUUGAUUCCACAACUUAUCCUGUCUGCCUUGACGCUUAGAAAUUUUGGAAUCAUUAAAAUGUCGAAGAAUCCCGAAGUGGUCGAACACAAAGAACGGAACCAAAUCGUACACAUUCGUGGCGAUUCAGAUUCCGAGUUGCAAGCCUUGUUUGACAGCGUACUGAAGCCUGAUGCUCAUAGGCCAUUGCAGCUCCCUUUUCGAUUACGAAAUUUACCAGAUUCCUUUUUUAAACCACCCCCAACUGGAUCCAAAUCACCGUCUGUGGCAUCAAACUCACACAGUAGAGAAAACAGCACAGAUUCUGGGCAUUUUGCUUUGAAUCCUUCUCCAUCUAUCCACCAUUCUAGAGCACACAGCUCACCAGCUUCACUCCAACAGACUUUGGCAGCUGGACAACAGCGACCAGUACACCAGCACUUGAAACAGCAGAGUUGUGACCUAACUCUCGACCACUUCCCACUUCCUGAAGGAUGGGAGCAAGCCAAGACACCUCAAGGACAAGUUUACUUUCUGAAUCACCUUACUCAGACAACAACAUGGGAGGAUCCACGGAAGAAGUUACUCCAACAGCAAAUUCAACCUUUGUCGCCGGCACCUCCACCAAACAUGGUGGCUCCACCUUUACUCAGUGCCGUUACGACACCAGUUGCCGGAAGCAAUGCAGCGGCUGUGUUGGCAGCCUCUCAGCAAGCCUUAACCCAAGCUUUGGGUCCCCUACCGGACGGAUGGGAGCAAGCAGUGACACCGGAAGGAGAACUCUAUUUCAUAGAUCAUCACACUAGAAAGACUUCAUGGUUUGAUCCACGUCUACCGAUCCAUAUGCAGAAGCCACCUAUGGUACACGCGGCAGGAGCACAGAGCGCGGCCGCUCUGCAGCAACAACAACAGAUUACUCAGCAACCGGCAGCUUCUGGGACUUCACAACCAACUCUAACGCCAGCCCAGGCAGCCCAGCAACAAUUGAGGCUUCAAAAAUUACAACAGGAGCAGGAUCGCUUAAGACAGCGACAACAGGAAAUUAUAGCCAUGAUGGAGCGAGAAACUCGCGUACGCCAGCAAGAAAACAAUUCCGGCUCCCAGCAGCAAACCGAAUUCGCCAUGAGGCGGAAUCCUCUACAUUCGCAGUCAAAUAGUAACAGCAGCGCAGUCAAUGAACUGAGCUCGAAUACAGCCGAUCCGUUCCUCAGUGCAGCAUCGGCCACUGCAACGGCCGUCGUGUCACAUCCUUGCGCCAAUGGAGCAGGCAAUGGGGCAGCUACUAACAUCUCGCAGAAUUCAUCAGCUCCACCUUCGUCAUUGGCUACUGAUUUUCACGCUCGCCAAGAGUCGGCUGAUUCUGGUUUAGGUAUGGGUGGAAGCUAUAGCUUACCUCACACACCAGAAGAUUUUCUUGCAUCCAUGGAUGAUACAAUGGACACUACACUUGAUUGUCCUGCUUCUGUAGGCACUGUUGACAUGAACGAUAUGAACGACAUGAAUGGAGGAUUGGAAACCGGUGAUCUACCUGCUCAUAUGGAUACUACUGACGAUCUAGUGCCGACUUUAGACCUUGGAGAAGAACUUUCGACAGACAUCUUAAAUGAUGUUCUUUUGAAUUCAAACAAAGUCGACAACGUCCUUACUUGGCUCUGAAGAAAAGAAGUGUUGCAUUUAGUUGGAUCGCAAGAUUUUUAAAAAUUCUUCGGUGGCGUGCCAGUAUCGUUAAUGCUUUUCUUCAACUCAAGUUUGAAGCUCAUGCAUUUAGCAUAUGGUACGCCGCAUGACAAAUCGACGUUCGCUUAAAAAUUUACGCCAACCAAUAGAAUGGGAUUUGAUAGCGGAAAAGAAAAAAAUACGAAAUGCUAUCAUACAAAAAUGAUAGAACUAACCACUAUCAGUAGAGUUAAUCAAAAACGAUUAGGUUCCAGAAGUGCAAAAGAAAAAAAAUGAAUGAAAGAAAGAAAAAGGGAAGAAAAAGAAGCGAAAAGAAUGUGGUUUUCUUGCAAUGCGAUUAAAUGCAUUAUCGUACUUUAUUUUUUUCCUUCGACGUAUUAAAUAUUGUUUUUAUAUUUUGGAUUUCGGGAGAGGGAAUGAGAGAGGUUUCAACAUUUGUUUUGUUUGAUUCCGAAACCAUCACUUUUUGAAACAAAUAUGAAACUGUAACUGUUCGUGCCUGGUAUGGAAGGGUUGGUUCUAGGUGUAACGAGAGAUGGGCCCUGAUCCGAUCACGCGCUCCCAUCUUUUGUAACAUCGUCCAAGAGAAACUGACGUGCCUAAAAACAUGUGAAGCAAUAAGAUGCCUAGGAAUUUCCUCGUGUACCCUUUUCAAAUGUGUGUUCCUUCUCGAUGCCUUUUAUUACCUGUAAAUGUUGUCGUCAAUUGAUUUUCUAUAUCCCUGUCCGAAUGCUUGGACAUACAAGCUACAUGCGAAACAAACAUGAACAGGAGAAAUAACGUGAGAAGUGUUUAGUGACCCGUCCCCAUGUAUGGCCAUGAUGAUUAGCCUAAUAGCUGACUUGUUUCUUGUGCCUGUUGCUUGUACUUCUUUAUCAUUAUAAAUUACAUGCUGUAGACACUUUGCACCACAGCUCUUGGCUUUCACGGACCUUGAGUAAGUUAAACGGUCCAAAUUGAGCGUAACAUAUGCCUUGAAAAAGAAAAUGUCUUAUCUUUCAGUGCCUUCUUUAUUAUGAUGUGACGUUAUGUGGUAGCUCGGAUUUUUCCGUCUUCUUUUUUUAAAUUUUUUUUUUCCCAAGGAGUAAAUAAGCGUUAGCGAAUGGAACUCCAAUUAAUUAUUAUAUAUAUAUUUCAUUUGUAACUGGUGACGGGCGAUGUUUCGAUUUACUUGACAUGUUAGUGUUUUCCAUGGCCUUUCAACGGUCAGAUUAGUAUCGUAUCAUAGAAGCUGUUGACGUUGCUACGAAUGCCUUAUGCCAUGUAUUUCUCCUUUGUCGACUUUCUCCAUGAAUACAACUUUCUACAAGUGCUUGAA